CGAGGAGGGAACCGAGCUCCUCUUGGUGGAGUCCGGGGAAAGGGAGCGGUCGUGGCGGCUCAACUUCGACGGGUUCCGACCGUCCGAGCCCCGCGAGAAGCCUCCCCCCCGCGGCCUCCAUGACUGCCUCGGCGUCUUAGGCAUAUGCAUGCUUCCCGUUCAUAUUAUUAUGGUCUUUCUUCCGUCAUCCCCUUUGAUCAGAAGAGCAGCCUACCACAUCAUCCAAUUGUAUCGACCGGUGCUUUCUUUAUUCUACUUGCGGAAAUGUUGGGCUAUAUUGUUUCAGAUGCGAUCUUUUUCUGCUAGCCUUUUGGGGAUCGGAAAAAGGUGUCUCCUUGGUUUAAGGUAUCUUCGUUUUGGGAAUAUGAGAAAUCGCGGAUGAGUAUUUUGGCUUUUAGUCAAUAAUCUGGAUGCUGAUGAAGUAUAUAAUACACUAGUUGAUAGGAAGGCUUGUAGUUGUGGGUAUUUGGAAAUUGAGAUCGGAUCCAGUUUCAUCCCCACCCUUUUUCUUGACGAAUCCUUUGCUACUAGAUUAUUGAUUUCAAAGUGGAUUACUGAGAUUGAAACGAGAAAACCUGAGGGUGGAAGUCAUUGUUCAUGGCACUGGAGAUGUGGUGGCAGAAUAUUAUCAGCAACAGGAAGAAAUGCUUGAGGGUUUUAACGAAAUGGAUGCCUUAACUGAACGUGGUUUUCUUCCUGGAAUGUCGAAGGAGGAGCGCGAGAAGAUUGCUAAGAGUGAGACAAUGGCCAUUAGACUAUCGAACAUCGCUAACAUGGUUCUCUUUGCUGCAAAAGUUUAUGCUUCAGUCAGGAGUGCCUCGUUGGCAAUUAUUGCAUCUACACUCGAUUCUCUCCUUGAUCUUUUAUCAGGGUUUAUCCUAUGGUUUACUGCAUGCCAAAUGCAGUCAAGAAAUCCCUACCAAUAUCCUAUUGGCAAAAGACGCAUGCAACCAUUGGGAAUUCUUGUUUUUGCAUCUGUUAUGGCAACAUUGGGUCUACAGAUAAUCUUAGAGUCAGUGCGCUCACUGAUGUCUGAUGACAAUGAAUUCAGGUUGACCAAGGAGCAAGAAACCUGGUUGGUUGACAUCAUGCUAUCAGUGACGUUGGUGAAGCUUGGCCUUGUUGUUUACUGCCGUUCGUUCACUAAUGAAAUAGUUAAGGCUUAUGCACAGGAUCACUUUUUCGAUGUCAUUACAAAUAUCAUUGGCCUUGUGGCUGCACUGCUUGCCAACUACGUCAAAGGCUGGAUAGACCCUGUUGGCGCCGUAAUUUUGGCACUGUAUACCAUCCGUACAUGGUCGAUGACUGUGCUGGAAAACGUGAACUCGUUGGUAGGGCGGUCGGCAGCACCGGAAUACCUACAGAAGCUCACAUACCUGUGCUGGAACCACCACAAGGCCAUACGGCACAUUGAUACGGUGCGAGCGUACACAUUCGGAUCGCACUACUUUGUGGAGGUGGACAUCGUCUUGCCAUCAGAGAUGCCACUUAGAGAAGCUCACGACAUCGGGGAGGCCCUGCAAGAGAAACUAGAGCAGUUGCCUGAGAUAGAACGAGCUUUCGUUCACCUCGACUAUGAAUUCACCCAUAAGCCUGAGCAUGCCCAGUCCCAUGACGAUUAGCCACCACACAAAGGUGUGUCGUGCCAAAAUAACUCAAGGUUAAAGUCCAGUAGCGUCUUCCAAGUUCUAUAGAUGGCUGUCAUCGUUGUUCAAAUUAUCAAGCGGACCGACCCUACUUGUGGUUGGUUUAAUUUGCAACCUUGCUUGGAACAUCAUGAAGGCCAGCAGAUUGGGUAGCUCGCUUAUGAGAAGAUAAGAUGGCUUGUUGGCAUCAGCGUUCAUACAUCCUUUGCAGUUUGUAGCUUGUGGACAUUUCCAUUCUAACUUGAGGAAGCUUUGUGAUA